AUGAUACUCACACGCUUGGUUUCGUUGACCAACUUCGUCGUAGCCUCGUCGGCGUUGGGUUUCCAGGUUUUCGUCUUGUAUCCAUGGCAUAAACAAUUGGACGAGUCGUUCGAGAGUUUGAAAAAAGAGCACGUUCGGGUCCUACAAGCAGUAAAGGAUGUUGCGAAGGAAGUCGACCCUGAUUCACGCAAGGGUAUACGGGACACUUUACUUAACCGUCUGGGAAUGAACACGACGACGAAAGAUUAA